UACCCCUUCCUUCCUUCUUUUGCGCCGCUCCUCAAGGCAGAACAGCGAGUGAACGUGAUCGAUCGAAUUUCAAAAAAGGCACACACCUACCCCUGUGCUUCCCGUGAUCACGAAAUAACUCUAUAUCUCCUGACUUAAAACAUCGGGAGUUAGUGUUUCGUGAUUUAAGUCCAAACAGUGAGUUCAAGACUCGACGCCUUCAAGGCCUAUUACCUAACGAACCACAUUGAAGAAAAAUGUCCGGCAAGGGAGGAUUAGGCGAUCCCGUCGCUUUCGCGAAGGAUUUCAUCGCUGGUGGUGUGUCCGCCGCUGUCUCCAAGACUGCAGUAGCUCCGAUCGAGCGUGUUAAGCUGCUUCUGCAAGUCCAGCAUGUCUCCAAGCAGAUCGCCGAAGACCAGCGCUACAAAGGUAUCAUUGACGCUUUCGUCCGCAUCCCUAAAGAGCAGGGUCUGCUCUCAUUCUGGCGUGGUAACCUUGCCAACGUCAUCAGGUACUUCCCAACACAAGCUCUUAACUUCGCCUUCAAGGACAAGUACAAGCAGGUGUUCCUUGGUGGUGUCGACAAGCACACCCAAUUCUGGCGCUACUUCGCCGGUAACUUGGCUUCCGGAGGUGCCGCCGGUGCCACAUCUCUAUGCUUCGUAUACCCCCUCGACUUCGCCCGUACCCGUUUAGCCGCUGAUGUCGGUAAAGGUGAAGGCCAACGUGAAUUCAGCGGUCUUGGAAACUGUCUGUCUAAGAUCUUCAAAUCUGAUGGACUCGUCGGUCUCUACAGAGGAUUUGGUGUGUCGGUCCAGGGUAUCAUUAUCUACCGUGCCUCAUACUUCGGUUUCUACGACACAGCCCGUGGUAUGUUACCUGACCCCAAGAACACACCAAUUGUAAUCAGCUGGGCCAUCGCUCAAACUGUCACAACUGUUGCUGGUAUCAUGUCAUAUCCAUUUGAUACCGUACGUAGGCGUAUGAUGAUGCAGUCUGGACGUGCCAAGGCUGAUAUCCUAUACAAGAACACCAUUCACUGCUGGUCAACUAUCGCUAAGACUGAGGGCGCUGGUGCCUUCUUCAAGGGAGCCUUCUCAAACGUACUAAGAGGCACAGGAGGUGCUUUUGUGCUUGUCUUAUAUGAUGAGAUCAAGAAAGUUCUCUAAAUAAUGUAAGAAUUGUUACCAAUGUGAUUUAAAAUCAGCCACUCCUUCAAAUCAUGUAUUAUUAGAUCAAAAAUGCAUCCUAGUAACUUAUUUUUAGUUAAAUAAAGUGUUAUACAAUGAUUCCAGUU